AUGGCCGGGGGGCUCAGCGACGAAGAUCUGACUGCCUUGGACGUCACUAUUGAUAAGAUUGGGAUGGGAUACUACCAAUGGGCGCUUCUCGCAUUAUGUGGUUUCGGCUGGCUGGCUGAUAAUAUGUGGCUCGAGGCCGUCACAAUAGCAUUGCCACGGGUCCAGGACCAUUUUGACGUCUCAAACUCUCGCAUAGGAUGGUUAUCAACAUCCAUGUUCGGGGGCAUGAUGAUUGGAGCCGUGGGCUGGGGAAAUUCUUCAGAUGUUUUGGGAAGGCGGUUUGCAUUCAAUGCGACUCUUGUUCUUUCAGCUAUUUUCGGAUUUCUCGUUAGCAUCGCUCCGACUUAUUCCCUCCUUUGUGUAUCGUUAUUCCUUCUUGGGACCGCGAUCGGGGGAAGCAUACCGACGGACGGCACUCUUUUCCUGGAAAAUGUGCCGAAGCGGAAGCGAUAUCUCCUGACGAUGCUGUCUGUGUUUUUCUCCGUCGGUGGUGUUGUAGCUGCAGUGGUGGCUAUACUCGUGGUGCCAAAUAAUUCGUGUCCCGAGCGCAUGUCGUUUUUAGGGGAUGAAAGGCGGAGAGUACCGUGUGAUGUGGCAAAGCAAAACAUGGGAUGGAAAUACUUGUUCUUCGUCUUGACGAUAAUGACGGCGUUCAUGUUCGCUUCCAGACUAUUCUUCUUCACUCUCCAUGAGUCCCCUCGUUAUUUGGUUCACGCUGGGCGCCCCCAGGAAGCUGUCAUUGUACUACAAAAGAUCAUCAGAGUCAACGGAAAUGUAUUGGAGAUUGGCUUGCACGAUGUGGACGAGUCGCUGUUGAGUCCCCAGGGUCUUAAUCGAGUGCCUUCAGACGAGUUGAGGGCAGAACCAGCCAAUGAGAGGGCAUCAAUCUUUUCAACGUCCUCUGGGCAUUCACCACAUCCAUCCUAUCUCUACUCCGCAGUCGAUGAGGAUGUUGAGUCAUCACAAUCCACCAAGCGCCCUGAUCCCAAAUAUUCUUUCAGUGUUGCCCAUACCCCUGAGCUUCUCAAGCAAACGCAAAGCUUUUUGCCACCGAAUAUUUACAGUGUCAUCAAUGCUUGGAUAGAAAAAAGUUCGAUCCUUUUCACUGAUAGGUGGCGUCGAACUACUCUACUUGUUUGGGGGACAUGGAUGUUCACCUCCUUAGCAUAUACAAUGUUCAAUGUUUAUUUCCCCAAACUAGUCGAAAUGCGGCUAGGCACUGAAAGCGGCCGAUCUGAGUCAAGAGAAGCCGUUUUAUGGGAUGUCGUUGUCUUUACCGCAGGAGGUAUGCCUGGUGCAAUUAUUGGCGCAUAUAUGGUUCGCUCAUCUUUAGGCAAGCGUUCCUCCCUGGCCCUCGUUACGUUUGCAACUGCGAUAUUAUGUUGGCUGUUCACUGAGGUGAAUACUCGGACCACUGUCGUGAUCACAUCAAUGGGGAUAUCGUUGACGACAACAAUUAUGUGGGCGAUUCUAUACGGAAUGACUCCGGAGAUGUUCGUAACAGAAGUGCGUGGGACAGCUUGCGGCAAUGCCUCGGCUUUGAAUAGGGUAUCUGGCAUGAUUGCACCACUCAUUGGUGGCCCAUUGCUAUCAAUAUCAACAUCCCUGCCAGUGUACGCUUCUGGUAUUGCAUUUGUUCUUGGCGCAGCGUGUGCAUCAGCAUUGCCGUAUGAAUCAGCAGUCGAGCUCGAAGCAGCCAAAGCAACUGAGUCCCGAGGAGAGGACCAGUCAAGCUAUAGCAUGCUUCCUGGGGAGGAAUCGAUCACCGAGCAGACAUAAUUAAACACGCUGCCACAAGGACUGGCUGCCAUAGGAUGAUUGGUCACAUCGGGGGCUUGACAAUUCCCUUACUAAUCUUGUAAUACACCAGUGAGGAAUCAUCGCUAACUAUCGCCAACAAAAACUCUCUAGUCUGAGGGCUGCAGUGGAUAUAAAGUUUCUUAAGCCUUCCGGUC